AUGCCUGCUACCGUCACCUCACCCGCCGGAAUAGUUGUUCAUCCUCUAGUGCUGCUCUCGGUGGUCGACCACUACAACCGGACUGCUAAAAACACCAACAAGCGCGUGCUUGGAGUCCUUUUGGGUCAACAGACUGGCAAUCACAUCAACGUUGCAAACAGCUAUGCCAUGCCUUUUGAGGAAGAUGAAAAGGACCCAUCAGUCUGGUUCUUGGAUCAUAAUUAUCAUGAAGCCAUGUACGAUAUGUUCAAAAAGGUUAAUGCUCGGGAAAAGAUUGUUGGCUGGUACCACACUGGUCCCAAACUUCGUCCAUCCGAUCUAGAAAUUAACGAGGUGUUCAAAAGGUAUACAGCUAGUCCUGCACUGGUUAUUAUCGAUGUGAACCCUAGUGAGCUCAGCAUUCCAACCGAUGCCUACAUGUCCAUUGAAGAAAUUCACGAUGAUGGUACUGCAGCCAUUAAAACAUUUGUUCAUCUUCCAUCGUCCAUUGAGGCUGAAGAAUCCGAGGAAAUUGGUGUUGAGCAUCUUUUGCGUGAUAUCAAGGACACAUCUGUGAGCACUCUUUCUACCCAGAUUACUAGCCAAGUCAAUUCCCUCAAAAGUCUGCAUGUUCAUUUAACCGAGAUUCGGAACUACCUUUCCAAAGUACUUGCUGGAAAAUUACCCAUUAACCACCAAAUCAUCUACAAUCUUCAGGAAAUUUUCAACAAACUUCCCAACCUAUCUGUUCCCACCACUGUAAAAUCAUUUGCUGUUAAAACCAAUGACGAACUUUUGAUUAUUUACCUGUCGUCAUUGAUUCGUGCUGUCAUUGCCCUGCAUGGAUUGAUUGACAACAAAAUCAUGUUGCAAGACCAUGAAAACAAGGAAAACAAUGCUGCCACGGGAAAAUUAAAUAUCAAGGAUGUUACCAGUGAAAAAGAUGCCACUGCUGUGGAUAUAAAGGAUACCAAGAAAUAAAUCCUAUAGUCUGUUGAAACUUUGAGGGUUCAACUAUUUGUCAACUUUAAUUUGGGCAGAUAUCUACUUAUCAAAGUAUCCGAAAUAAAACUUAUCCUUUAUU